GUUUAUUUUGCUGUGAGCGCUGAUCUGCGGUGCACUGAUUAAACACUACAUUUAGAAACCGGUUUGAUCGCGUUUUGUUUACACGCACAUAACGGAAUAGCGAAACCGAAUUAGACACGAGAAGCGUUUUGAUUCUGUGGUUUGUUACUCGUCAGUCAGUGUGUUGAUGCUGUGGUGGCUAAAUCGGCUCCCACAGCCAGCAGCCUUAAAUAGCGACAUGUCGUUGUUUAUAUCAGUUAAAUGAGAUGAAGUGAGAUAUUUUGAGUGUUUAGUGAAGAUUAAAACAGCUGUCGAGUAUAAACAGAGCAGACUUUUGGGGGGUUUUAAUGCUUGUUGAGUUAAAUAAACAUAGCGGUAAGGCUACGUGUUAGCUUAGCACGCUACGCAGUUAGCACACAAGCGUGCCUUCGGUCACGUAAGUUUACCCGGAUUUGUAUUCACUUACUCCUGGGAAUACCUGUCAAUUUGAGUUUUCGAACCAACCGUCACACAUCUAUUUAAGCAACGAAACACAAGUUUGAUUUGUUGCGCAUCGUUAUGUAAUUCUCUACGUUUGUAAAUACAAUCAAACUAUAUUUUGUGUUUCUUUAAUAGAGGACUUUCCGUAUAGAUCAGACUGUUAAACGUUACUAAUUUAAGUACAGAGUUUGUAAUUGCGACCGUUUAUUCGAAAACCUAGUCUAUCAGAGAACCCAUGCGCACCUGACCGCACCUUUAAGCCUCUGUAAACCGUUAUCAGACCGCAUUAGGGGGUUGAAAACUUUUUGACCAACAUGGGCACCUAAACGUUUUAUUCCACCCAGUAAGGUUUCAUUAGUGGCUCCGGAUUAAAAAAUGGCCUCUAGCGGUUUCGCUGACCUGCGCGAAAAGCUGAAGUCUAUGACCCCGCACAGGGAGAACCACAACGGUUCCUCCGGGAAGAAGCGCAAGCGGCGCGACUCAGAGGACGAGCUGCGCGCUCACGAGGAGCUGCGCGCGUCCGUGGCGCUCAAGGUGGAAAGUGGCAUCACGCAGGCACAUGUCUUCACGCCCGAGGAGUGCGCGCACAUCGAGGCCAAGAUCGACGCGGUGGUCGCCAGCGCAGACCGAGGCCUGUACCACGAGCACACGGUGGACCGCGCCCCACUGCGCAACAAGUACUUUUUCGGCGAGGGCUACACGUACGGCUCGCAGCUGGAGAAGCGCGGCCCGGGCCAGGAGCGCCUCUACUCCAAGGGCGAGGUGGACGAGAUCCCCGACUGGGUGCACGAGCUGGUCAUCAAGCGCCUGGUGGAGCACGGCCACAUCCCCGAGGGCUUCGUCAACAGCGCCGUGAUCAACGACUACCAGCCGGGCGGCUGCAUCGUGUCGCACGUGGACCCCAUCCACAUCUUCGAGCGGCCCAUCGUGUCCGUCUCGUUCUUCAGCGACAGCGCGCUCUGCUUCGGCUGCAAGUUCCAGUUCAAGCCCAUCCGCGUGUCCGAGCCCGUGCUCUGCCUGCCCGUGCGCCGCGGCAGCGUCACCAUGCUCAGAGAUUACGCUGCCGAUGAAAUCACGCACUGCAUCCGACCCCAGGACAUCAAGGAGAGGAGAGCCGUCAUCAUCCUGAGAAAGACCAGACCGGACGCUCCUCGUCUGGACACGGUCUCUCCGAGUCCCGUCUCCAGUUCCCCACCGGAGAGCCGGCGAACGCUGAAAGCCAAACGCUCGCGCCGCAAAGCCGACCCCGACGCCGCACACAGGCCCCGGAUCUUAGAGAUGGACAAAGAGCAGCACAGGCGCUCGCUCGUCUCGCACCAGAGCCGCCACGACGACCACAGCUGGGAGAACUCCUGGAGGAGAUUCGAGCACCCCUCACAGUCUACACACACCCGCGCGGAGUCCGGACGCAGAGUCAAGAUGAGGCGCCACUGAGGGUCUCGGACCGCCACUAACGAAACUCUGACAGCGCGGCUCCCCGAGACUGAAUGUAUUAUUUUUUUUUUUUUAGAGCUUUGAGCCGAUUCGAAGCUGCUCUUCCGACACACAGAACUCGGGGGGGGG